CGAGGAUUUCGUACACCACGGUGCUGCUCGGUGCAUGCACGUCUCCGCGAUCUAAGACUUCAAAACAACGCAAUCUGUAGUUCAUCAGAUGUUUCGAUACGCCCCUGCUCAGGGCGACCGGGCUGGUUGGAACAAGCUCGCUCACGAGUGUGCUCAGGGGGCCAUUUUCAACUCAGCGGAACGCCUCCCGCAUUCCAGGUGUCUCCCAAAUACAAGGGAGGGCCUUCUCAAAGACUUGAAAUCGCUGAUUCUUGACCAAAGGCGCAAGAUUGUGUGGUUAUCGGGUGACUCCGGCUCUGGGAAGUCUACAGUAGCCCAUACGUUCGCGGAAGAACUUCAAAGGAAGGACAAGCUUGUGGCGACAUUCUUUUUCUCGAGGAAGCAUACUAAGCGCAGCACGUUCAAUCACUUCCUUCUCACUAUAGCUUACCAGCUUGGGUUACACCAUCCUCGCGCUCUAGAGGUCAUCAUGAAAGCCAUCUCCGACGAUCCCGCGCUGCUAUCUUCUCAGAAGUCACGUAAUGACCAAUUUGAGAAGCUGUUCAUCGCUCCUCUGCAGCAUCUUGCCAUGAUCUGGCGGGGGAAGAUCGGCAUGUCACUUAUCGUGGAUGCGUUGGACGAGGGCACCACUAGUGGCACAUCCCACAUCGAACCAUUCAUCUCGAUUCUCGCCCGCCUCAUUCGAGACGAGACUAUCCCUAUCCAUAACAUCAUCAUCUCCGGCAGGCCCUGGCCGCAGAUACAAACGGUUAUGCUUGCAGAUCAUCUAGCAGAUAUCAUGAAUGUUUUACGACUCGACGAUUACGACUCUCGGCAGGACGUAGAGCACUACAUGCGCCAUGGGUUUGGGCGGAUUUACGAUGCUCAUGAUCUCUCUUUCCUGUAUCCUAAGCCGUGGCCGUCAUUCAACGACUUCACGAUGUUGUCGGAGAGAGCUAACGGGCGCUUCAUCUUUGCAGCGACCAUACUCCGACUCGUUGACCGAGAUCAGCCUCACGAUCACCUUGCGUUGGUCUGCAGCAUGAUUCGAGGAAGCGUAGAGCACGCGUGGGGUAACAUCGACUUUCUCUACGCGUCCAUUAUCAACAGCAUCGACCCUUCUGCUCGCAGCAUCGGAUUACGCUACCUGUCCCUCAUCGUUCAUCUCGCUGAACCCCUCUCCUUGUCCGACUUACACAGGUUCUUCGGCGUUAACAUUUAUCCACACCUCUUACCAUUCUCCGCUCUGAUAUCCAUCCCAUCUCUGUCGUCCUCCGAAGUAGUUCAGAUUUACCACAGCUCGCUGCGCGAUUACCUUCAGAAAGAAACCAAUCGCGUCGAUGUCCGAAGCACGCAGCUACACCGACCGCUCGCGACUCAAUCCUUUCGCACGAUGGCAAGGUUGCUAAAGCGCGACAUAUGUGGACUCGGCGACCCAUCGUUGUUACAUCACGAAAUCACUGACUUUGCUCAGAAGCGCGAUCGCGGCAUUCCGGGUGCCCUCAGAUAUUCUUGCCUUCAUUGGUUGUAUCACCUUCAGCAGGCCGAUCUAGAUAUGACAAUCCGCGCUCAGCUCCUCGACUUUCUGGAGAAGCGCAUUCUGUAUGCUAUAGAGGUCUAUGGGAUACUCGGUGAGUUGGUGACCGGCGUAAACAUACUGAGGGACGCUCGCAAACUUGUGGCAACCUGGUCUAAGGAUUCGUUUUCCGGCAAGGACCUUGCCCUGGCAUUGCUCUAUGACAGCUGGAGAUUAACGCUGGAUUUCUUCGAUGCAAUCAACACGUCCGCACUCCAUGUAUACGAGUCUGCGCUGCCCACUUCUCCUGCCAUGUCACAGAUCCGCUUUACGUACGCUCACGUCCUAGCGGAAGCAACUGUCUUCGUAUUUGAAGAAGGGCUAGACGAGCAGUGGGACUGUGCUCUACGUGUGGUCCAGUUGGAGAAUGUCAACGAUAUCUCUGCCGUCUCUCCAGACGGUUCUCAAGCCGUGAUAGAGGUCAGGGACUUCUUGAAGGUCCUGGAUACAGCUACGGGAUGUGUCAUUGCUUCGCUCCCCACCGAUAACUUAGAUUGGCCAUUUCGCAUACACCACAAUGGGUCACUUGUAGCCAUCACGAGCCCGAUGCCCCAGACUCGGGUGGUUCAUUUGUGGCACCCUGCCAGUGGCGGCAUGUCAUCGCUUGCUUUGCCGCCAGCAACGUCUGUGGUUCGGGGGUCAGCAUUUUCUCGCGAUGGGCACAGGCUUGCAAUAGCAUGUUUCCAAUCGAGCUCGAGCUUAUUUGGCUCUGUAUCUUCUGCCAUAAGCUCCAACACCACCAUCGAGGUGUACAGUACGCACAGCUUCCAACAAAUCUCAAGUUUUCC